GUGCGUUCAUCUGGUGCUAUGUAUCCUUAGCUGAUCGUCUCCGUGAUGGGGCAGGCGCUGUCACAUCUCUUCGGCAGCGUGGAGCAUCAUGAGGAGGUCGACCCGCUGGCGGAAGACCCUGGGGGCGACAUUCCCGGCGUGGACACUGUGGGAUCCAGUUGUUCCUGCAGCUACCCACCAGUUCUGAAGAGCACUCUGCAUCAAGCAGACAAGGAUUUCUGGUUCAACCUGGACAAGUACACGGCGCACACCCUGCUUUCCAAGAAGCCGAUGGGUGAGCGCGAGUUUGCAGAGGGAAUGCACCGAUUCGAGUUGGCGAAGGACCAGAUUUCGGAGUCCCUGCGGCAGCUGCGAGAGAGCUACACGGACCUGGCCAUCGCGCGCCGGGACUUAGAGCAGAGCCAGCAAGGAGCUGCGUGGGAGCACUUCAGCAAGUGCCGACCCCUCAGCAAGAAGUACGGCCUCUACCUGCCCUGCCACGAGAAUUUCAAGGCAGCCAUGCACAGGUACCGCGGGCUGCUGCAGAAGCCUGGCUGCCCCGUGGGAGCCUCCCUCCCACUGCGCCCGGCAGCGCUGCCGCCCGCACUCGCGCUGGCCGGGGCGGCCCCGGCGACGCCGGCGAAUGAGCGGGCGCGGAGCGGUAGCGAGUUCCUGUGAGACGCCUGCCGGAAGGGCAGGAUGACAAAGGGAAGAGUCGUCGAAA